AUGAGUUCUUCUUCUCGUUCGUGUUCUUCUUCUUCUUCUUCAUAUACUAAUGGAAGAAAGAUUAUCACCCAACAACAGAGGAAGCGAUUCUUCAACAACAACAACAAAAACAACAAAGAAACGAUGAUAAAAGCCUCUUCUUCUGAUCAAGAUCCUUCAAAAUCUAUGGCGGAUGAUACCACACCGAACGUUUCCGUCGGUCCUUCGUGCUCGAUCGACGAACCGGAAACGUGCUCGUUAGCGGAUUUGGAGAUUUUGUACGUGGAUGCCCUCUGGAAUUACUACAACGACGGCAAGUUUACGCUCUCGGACGGACAAUACGAUCGCAUCCGGGAAGAACUCAAUUGGCAAGGGUCUGGGUUUCCAACGUUAAGAAGAGACGAGAUUCAGUUCGUACAAGCCGCGAUGGCGUAUUCUCGAGGGGAGAAGAUCAUGGGCGACGACGAGUACGAGGACUUGAAGAGGAAAAUCAAAAACGAAGCCGGGAAGAGGAAGGACGUGACGGCGUUGCUUUUGUACACCAAAGGGCAGCAGCUGUUAGACGAGGCGCAGUUUGAACUCAUGAGCGAAGAGAUGAUGAAACUUGGCAUCGACGUUGGAAUGAAAGGCGCCACGUGCACUUUAUCCCAAACGCCGACGACGCUCGAAAACGACGCCUCGGCGGUGGCGAAGAUGUACGCAGCGUUGGCGUUGGUUCCGUUUUUGGUCGGUUUAGCGCCGACGAUUGUCUUUGACGUUCUCGGUUUGCACGUCCCGAAUGGCUUAGCGUUAGGUUUCGCGACCACGUUAGCCGCCAUCUUGACGUACAAAUUAGCCGAGUACACGGAAUUGAACAACGCGCAAAUUUUAACCGGCCAGUGUCCGUGCUGCGAGGAACCGUUUAAGCAACUGUUUUCGGGUGAAAACGGCGGCGAGACAGAGAUGGAACACAAGUGCAAAGUGUGUGGAACCACGUGCUCGCUGAACCGAGAGAAGAAGUUAAUCGUGACCAGCGGACCGUUCGCUAUUUAA